CCAUAUACUACAAUGCAAAACAACGGUAAUUUCUUACAUUUGUCUCAAUAAAUACCUGCUAAUCUCCCACUCAUUAAACCACAUCAUUCUCUUCAUUGUUUGCAAUUUUCUUCUUUUGUCUUCUAAAUUUCAUUAUUAUUCAUGGAGUCUUUGUUGUCUCAAAGCUAUUUCUUUAUAAUUUUUUUGGGGUUUAUUAUGGGGUCAUCAUGUGAAGCUUAUACAUUCUAUGCUGGUGGCAAAAGUGGCUGGGUUUUAAAUCCUUCUGAAUCUUACCGUCAUUGGGCUGAACGAAAUCGCUUUCAAGUCAAUGACACCAUCGUUUUCAAGUAUAAAAGGGGGUCAGAUUCAGUUCUUUUAGUUGACAAAGAUGAUUACACCAAGUGCAACAAUGACAAGCCAAUUCGUGAACUAAAACAUGGUGAUUCAAAAUUCAAGUUUGAAGGAUCAGGUCCAUUUUAUUUUAUUAGUGGACAUGAAGAUAAUUGUGAAAAGGGUCAAAAGCUCCAUAUUGUUGUGUUGUCACCAAAUCACAAAGCCCACAUAGCCUCAAGCCCAACACCUACUGAAUCCAUUGGCCCAAUUUCACCUGCUCCGACUCCGACUAAGUCGGGUGCAACAGGGUUUAUUGGUGCUCUAAGUGGUUUUUAUUGGGGCUUUAUUAGUUUGAUAAUAGCAACUUAUUUUUGUAUCUUAGUUUAAUUUUUUCAGUUCGUUUUUGUUAUGUUAAUUCUUUCAGUGAAAUGUACUUUUUUGUUCUUCCUCCUUUGAUUUAAUGGAAAUUGAUCGAACAAAAAUGGUAUAUUGAUGCAGCUUUGUUGAUUUUU